GCGCUGUCCCUGUCCCUGUCCCCUCCCCUUCCUCCCUGCGCUUUUCCUCCCCCGCCUUUUCGCGGCCGCCGCGCUCAGUCCUUUUGUCCAAGAUGGCGGCCCGGGGGGCGCUGCCUCCUCCUCCAGCUCCUGCUCCGGCCCCGGCCCCGCCGCCGCCGCCCCCGCGCCGCUGCCCGGUCGCGCUGUGAGGGAGGGGGCCCGGCCAGGCCCGGCCGGCCUCGGCGCCAUGAAGCGGCAGAGCGAGCGCGACUCGAGCCCGGGGGCCCGUGGGGCGUCGUCGUCGUCAUCGUCGGCGAAGCGGCCCCGGGAGCGGGAACGGGAUCGGGAUCGGGAGCGCGGGGAGCGGGAGCGGGAGCGGGGCGAGCGCGGGGAGCGGGAGCGCGGGGAGCGCGGGGAGCGCGAGCGGGAGCGCGGGGAGCCUGACUCGGGCGGAGGUAGCGGCGGGAGCCGGCGGGCCGCGCACAAGAGCUCCGGCUCGGGCUCGGGCUCCGGCUCCGGCUCCGGCCCUGCCAAGCACCAGGCCCCGGCCCGCGCCCGCGAUAAACCCCGCGGCGGCAGCGGCAGCGGCAGCAGCAGCAGCCACCGCGAUGGCCGAGGCUCCGGGGACUCCAACCACCGCGCAGGCAGCAGCGGCGGCCGCGGGGGCGGCGGGGGCCGUGCCAAAGCUGGCGGCGAGUCCGGCUCGGCGUCCGCCUCGUCCCCCGGGGCGUCCCCGCUGCUUCUGCUGCCGCCUCUCCCUGAGCCACCCGCGCCCACCCCGGCCCCGCCGCCGCCGCCCGCACCCGCGCCGCCUCCGCCGCCUCCCGAGUACAAGACGCUGCUCAUCAGCAGCCUGCGCCCCGCAUUGCCGGCCGAGCACCUGGAGGACCGCCUCUUCCACCAGUUCAAGCGCUUCGGCGAGAUCAGCCUGCGCCUGUCGCACACCCCCGAGCUGGGCAGAGUGGCCUACGUGAACUUCCGACACCCCCAGGAUGCCCGCGAUGCCCGCCACCACGCCCGAGCGCGCCAGCUCCUGCUCUAUGACCGGCCGCUCAAGGUGGAGCCCGUGUACUUGCGCGGCAGUAGCAGCAGCAGCCGCCGCAGCAGCAGCAGCAGCGCCGGGGCCGCUGCCACCACGCCGCCCCCCGGGCCCCCUGCCCCUGCGGAUACGCUGGGCUACCUGCCGCUGCACGGCGGCUACCAGUACAAGCAGCGCUCCCUGUCCCCCGUGGGCGCGCCCCCGCUGCGGGAGCCCCGGGCUCGGCACGCAGCGGCCGCCGCAGCCUUCGCCCUGGACGCGGCCGCCGCGGCGGCCGCCGUGGGCCUCUCCCGGGACCGGGCCCUGGACUACUACGGGCUGUACGACGACCGAGGGCGCCCCUACGGGUACCCGGCGGUGUGUGAGGAGGACCUGAUGCCCGAGGACGACCAGCGGGCCACCCGCAACCUGUUCAUCGGCAACCUGGACCACAGCGUGUCCGAGGUGGAGCUGAGGAGGGCCUUCGAGAAAUACGGCAUCAUCGAGGAGGUGGUGAUCAAGAGGCCGGCCAGAGGCCAGGGGGGCGCCUACGCCUUCCUCAAGUUCCAGAACUUGGACAUGGCUCACAGGGCCAAGGUGGCCAUGUCGGGGAGGGUGGUGGGGCGCAACCCGAUUAAGAUUGGCUACGGCAAAGCCAACCCCACUACCCGCCUCUGGGUGGGAGGCCUGGGGCCCAACACCUCCUUGGCUGCCCUGGCCCGCGAGUUUGACCGCUUUGGGAGCAUUCGAACUAUUGACCACGUCAAGGGGGACAGCUUUGCUUACAUCCAGUAUGAGAGCCUGGAUGCUGCGCAGGCUGCCUGUGUGCAGAUGAGGGGCUUCCCUUUGGGGGGGCCGGACAGGAGGCUCCGGGUGGACUUCGCCAAAGCCGAGGAGACCCGAUACCCCCAGCAGUGCCAGGCUGCUCCCCUCCCGGUGCACUACGAGCUACUCCCAGAGGGCUACAGCAGGCACCGAAACCUGGAGGCUGACUUGCGGGUCCGAGACAGGACUCCCCCCCACCUCCUCUACUCAGACCGCGACAGAAGCUUUGUGGAGAGCGAUUGGGCCAGCCCCUCCAAAAGCACCGACCGCCGGAAUAGCCUGGAGAGUUACGGCCGCUCGGUGCGCAGCCGCAGCGGAGAGAGGUGGGGCAGCGAGGGCGACCGCAGCCUGCCCAAGCCCUGGGAAGAGAGGCGAAAGAGGAGGAGCUUAUCCAGCGACCACGGCCGCACCGCCCACUCCCCCUAUGAGGAGAGAGGCAGAACCAAAGCCUCUGGGCCGCCCUCGGACCGGAGUCCAGAGAGGCCCCGGAGAGAGAACCACACCAGUGAGCCAGGGCCGGAGAAGGAGCCCAGCAACUCCCUGCCCAACAACAGGCACGGGGCCGAGGAGCGGGGACCAGACUCUCACCAGGGCAAAAAGAGGGACAGCGAGCGCAAUCAUCGAACCAGCGAGGUGGAGGCGAAACCCGCCCCGGAAGAGCCAAAACCGGAGACCAAAAAGCUAAAGAGUCUGUCCGAGUAUGCCCAGACCCUGCAGCUGGGCUGGAACGGGCUCCUGGUGUUGAAAAACAGUUGCUUCCCCACUUGUAUGCACAUUCUAGAGGGGGACCUGGGAGUGAUCAGUGGUCUCCUCAAAGACCAUGCUUCAGGGAGCAAGCUGACCCAGCUCAAGAUCGCCCAAAGACUUCGACUAGACCAGCCCAAACUGGAUGAGGUCACUCGGAGAAUCAAGCAGGGAAGCCCCAAUGGUUAUGUGGUACUUCUGGCCACUCAAGCUUCUCCGGGAGGGCCCGGAGCGGAGGGGACCCACGCUGUGGAGCCAGGCUUGCAGCGGAGGCUUCUCAGGAAUCUGGUCUCAUACUUGAAACAGAAGCAGGCUGCUGGGGUGAUCAGCUUGCCGGUGGGAGGGACCAAGGGCAGAGACAACACGGGCAUGCUCUAUGCCUUCCCUCCCUGUGAAUUCUCCCAGCAGUACCUCCAGUCUGCUCUAAGGACAUUGGGGAAGUUAGAAGAAGAGCAUAUGGUGAUAGUUAUAGUAAGAGACACUGCCUAGCCAAAACCUGGCUUUUCCCAAUCUUGUGUUUUCUUUGUGUCAUGAAAACAGUUAUUUUUAAAGCCAAUUCUGCUCUCGGUUUGGCUUUUCUGCCCAGUUAUUAUGGUUGGUUUGGUGAAGGCCAGAGCCCCUUCCACCAAAACUCAAUUUUUUUUUUUUUUAUGCCCAUUUGAAGGUAUUCCCAUUUUAUUGAUUUCUAAUGUAUGAAACACUUUCCAGUGUGUUCUGUAUUUUAUUUUUUAACUAACUGUACGGAAAGUUGUCAGUAAAGCCUUUGUCCAAGGAUCAAUUUUUAACCCUGUGCAGUGUACUGGUUUAAUGAAGUCCCCUUUGAAGUAAUAGAGCAUGUGGCACUAACCUGCCUUCUGAGGUUUUUCCACUAGUCGCACAGAUGUCCCUUCCAUACACACAGCUUUUCCCUCCCAAGUUCCGUCUUCUUAAAUAGAGAUGGAUCAGUACCUGAUCUACUUUUGGGCCUGCGAUAUCUCCACCUCAACUUUUAGGUAUCAUGACUUGCACAGAGCAUGCAAAAAGCCAGUACUGAAACUUAUUUAUCUGACCUACAGGAAAACCUGUAUACUCUGGGCCCUUUUCCCUGGAACUCUGACAAAGACCUGUGUCUUAACCACUAAAACAAAAAAGCUGCUGUUCCCUCCCCCAUCUAGCCUUUAAGAGAAUGUAGCUGUCAUUCUGAUGUACUUUAGCUGUUGUAUAAACUGCCUCAUUUCAAGAUCUUGAAGAAAGCAGGUGAUGCUUUUUUAGCCAGUGUACUGGUGAGCCUGGUAGACGCUGUCAGUGCUGGUGACACACUUAACUGUCAUGUAAUCCAUGCCUGGCAGAAGUGGGUAUAGAGUCCUUCAGGUGGCAGAUUGCCAUGUUCAGGCUACCUUUCAAACUAGAACAUCAUGUGGACCAAAGACACGGCAGCUUCCUCCGUUACUUUUGCUUUGGAAGCAGACUGGGUUGUGGAAUCAAAAUGUAGAUAUUCGGUUGAUUUGUAAAAGGGGGAGGGAGAUAAAACUGCAGGGAAUAGCAAGCUUUCCCAAGAUAUUCUUGAGCUGUAUAGGUUCAAGGGAAGAGUAGAACACUCUUAAAAAAAUAUCAGUUUGUGUGUUCAUUUGCUUGUCUGGCCAAAGCCUCACCUGGCUUACAAAGAGCUUCUGCUAAGAGACAGGUCAGGGAGGGUGGAGCUUAGGACCCCUCCUAAGUUUCUAACCUAUGGAGGUGCAAGUUUUCCCAGGACUCCAGAGUACAGGGCGAGGCACGGCAAACAUAGCUCAAACCGGCACUAGCAAUUCAGUAAACACUCUAUUGUGUAGGACUAAACUAUUUCUAACCAAGUCAGCUGGCACUAAUCAGACCUGCAGUGUACAAAGCCAUGUGCCAAACACCAGGAGACACAAACACCUGCCUCCUGGCAGUUUAUAAUUGACAUCCGAGGCAACAGAAACAGGGCAUGAUUGGGAGUGGGGAUAUCUGAAAAUCUUUUUAGUCAGUAAGUCUGUGAUUAAAUGUUCUCUUGAAAGCAGCUCAUGGCCUCCCUCUCAAUUCUUCACAAGGCUCAGUGUAGCACCUGCCUCAGUCUUGCAAAUAGGCAGUGCUCAGUCAGUUAAGUUCAACAUUUUAAGUUCAGCAUGUACCAUAUAUGUGACAAAUUUUGUUAGGUGCUGGACUUGAACAAAUUAGUGGGCAGACUGGAGUCAGAAUUAUGGUCUGCAGCUCUACGAGGCUGUGUGGUUAAAAAAGCCUUUCAGAAUGCAACCUUCCCCGUUAUGUGGAGAAAGAAUCUUCACAUCUUUGAAAAGUUCUGAAAAACAAACACCAAAGACCCAUCCAGGAUAGAAAAUUAACAUUGGGGCAAAAAGGCACCAUAAUGAAGGGGCCAUUGAGGUACAGAAACAAUUGCCCUACAACAGAGCCCAAAUAUGUUAAGACUUUCACUGCCUAGAAAACUCACCAUGAAAAUGACAGCUCCAGUGGAAGAGGCUCUGAAGGCUUAUUUGUUUUUUUGUUUUGUUUUAUUAUUGCAAAGAGAUUGAUAAGUACUCUUGACCAUCUGGUAUUCAUUUCAGCAAACUUGAAAUGAAGCUUAUGUCUGACAACCAGGAGACAGGUUCCAUGUUAAGGCCUGUCCUUUAAGAGUGAAUCCCAAGGAGCAUUUUCCAGGAAUAACCAAGGAAUCCCAGGUUUCAGAAUUUAUCUAUUUUUUAGAGAGAGAACCUGCUAGCCCAAACCUCUUUGACGGAAGUCUUCCCUCUUUCAGCAGGCAGCUAGGAAGCAGCUGCGUUCAGCAGAGAAUUGGGAACAUGAGGGCAGGCAGGCAGGCAAGCUGGGAUCCUGAGCUUUCAGUUGGAACUUGAGGCUAUGAGACCACGUAUUGGACUGCUGCGGCUAAUGGGAUCAUUUAGUUCUUGAGGAAGAUACAACUUUAACCACAUCCAUGUUCUGUUAAUAACUGGCUGGAUCCUUACAGCAUUUUACUAGAUAAGUAAACAGACUCACUAGGAAUGUGGCGUUGUUCCCAUCCUUUUGGUCAGGUGCAAACUAAUAAAGAUCUCUCCUAAGGUAGGUGCUUAAGGCCACCCUACAACAGAGUUAACAUUCUUAAGCAAUACCUGAAGUCCAGAUCUAGGAUGGAAACACGGGGAUGGCUGAGAGAUGACAUGGUCAGUAUCUCCUGCAGGCAGUGCAAGGCAAAGUAUGCCAAGCUGAAGAGUGACCUAGAAUUUGGUUAAUGCUGUAAAACUUCCCAUUUCCUUCUUGUAGCAUCAUCUGGAUUAAAGAGCUCACUUCUCAGUUUGAGGAACUGAAAAGUAGGCCACUCCUUUUUUGCAGGGCCAAACUAUCCUUUGUUUGCUCCUCACCAAAGGCCCCUUUAGCCUUUUCUCCUCUUCACCCCUUUUCAGGUGACCAGAUCCUUUCCCCCCAUCUCCCCAUUUGUCUUAGUCCUAUGAGUGGUCCUUUUGGGCACUGUGGAGUCGAUUUUCAUCAAAACUCAUCUUUAGAACCCAAUCCUAGAGGCCUAUUCUUGCUGCUACAAAGAAAACUAUGUCAGACUCAA